CUUCUUCACUUCAUACACUCUUUUAGAACUCUUUGAGCCAUAUACCGGCUCGCCCGCUCAUUUUCAUCCCGUCGGCCAUCCUUUGAUCCCUCCUUUUUCCGAUUUCCGAUCGCUCAAACACUCGAUAAACAUCACUCACGAUUCAAUCUUUCAAAAUGCGUUGCUCAACCUCAGCCAUGAUUAUGGCCGCCUUGGGCGUUGGUGAAGUCGUGGCGGGUCCACUCCAUGCCCAUCUGCACCGUCGUGCGCACGACAAGAGGGAUGUCAAUUGGGACGCCCUUAACUGGGACGACAUGGGUAUCAACUGGUCGUCCGCCUAUGAAGCUGGUCAGCAUACAUCAACCGUUCCCUCGGCUGCCGGCUACCAAUUCACCAACGAGUUCAUCAACACUUCUCCACAACCGAUGACUGUCGUAAUCUGGAACAAGGCCUACAGUCAAAGUGGAAAUGUCGAUGACGCCGACCCCAACCUCGGCUCUUGCAUCGCUCCCGAAACACCCACUCUCACCUUCGCACUUGCUCCUGGAGAAAGCCAGGUUGUAGCCUUCAUGGAUGAGACUCUCAUUGGGUGGGCUCAAGCUACCAGUGCAAAGACAGCUUCAGGCGCCUUUGACACAACCUGGGGUGAGGCUUCUUUCAGGAGUACUGGCUCAGGCUACGACAUGUCAGCUAUCAUGAACUCGGCCGGCAACAACUACGACAUGGCCAUCAGCUCUAGCGAGACUCCAUGCAUUAGUGACCCGACCCAGAACUACUGGUUUGCUGCCAACAACAACCCCGAAGACCCUCAACCAGUUGGAUCGAGCGACGGUAGCUGCUACGUUCCAGGAAGCAGCGCCACACUGGUGACAAAGAUGGGAGGGGUCAUGGCUUGAACAUAUAGAUUUUGAGGAUUUUCUUGCAUAUACAAUUUUCUGGUAAAUACUGUAGUUUUGAAAUACUUUUUUCUCCCCACUGGCUGUGGAUUCCCUUCUGAAGAACAAGUGACUUCAAUCAUUCUUGGAGGAUUUUUGGGAGUACCUGGGGCGCGACGAAACAAGUU